AAAGCGAGUUCUGCUUCACUCAAGCCUUAACCCGCCAUGGCAGUAAGUCUGAUGCUUCUAGGGUUUUUGUUACUCGGAAGCGAUAGCGUCCUUGGGUCGAGUAGGGAAGAACUAGAUCCGAGGCCCCGCAAAGGGCCGUUAGUGCACGGUCUUGUUAAGGAGGCGGAGACUGGCGCGAAGGUAGAGCAUUGGAAGCGAGACACUGGCUCAUCCGGGAUACCAGCAUGGAUGAAGGACACAGGAAAAGCUUAUAAUGGAUACCCAUCACAGGUAACUUGCGCCCUCAAGCCGAUGUCAGAGGCAUACCACGAGCUGAAAGCACGCCGCUACCAAAACUGCGACCAGUACUUCCGGUGUCAAGGGAGUAAAAAGGCGGCCAAAUGUGGGCUGUUUAGCAAGCUGCUGGCAUCAGCUAUCAGCUAUGAUUACCGCUGGAGGACUGCAGGCCUGGAGACAUACACAUCAGCUGCUGACGAAUACGGGCGGAAAGGCGGGGACUGUCUGAAUAAGUAUUACUACGACACCCUCACUACCGAGAAAGUCUGCUGGUUACCAUGGCAACUCCAGGAAUAGUCUCGCCGUUACUGACUUGUCUCGAAGUCGUAUUUGAAAGGUUUGAAAUUUUACUACUGAAAGACAAAUGCGCCGGAAAGUUUUUAAUUAUGUAGAGCAGGAACAAUUAGGCACCUAAGACGCCUCCUUAAUAACGAUGUUACUUGUUUCUAUUCAAACCACGUAGGCCAUCAAAAGGUCAUCGUUGGGCUACCUGUGUCUGAGCUUUUACGAGGUAUACGCACCUUAAAUAUGGAAGUAAGAACUUGAUUGAAAUAAAAUCGGUAGAUG